ACUGACUGACUGAUUGACUGACUGACUGACUGACUUACUGACUGACUGACUGACUGACUGACGGACGUCUCGGUCGAUUUUUCUCGUCAUCUCGUGAUGAUGCUCUUUGAAAAUUCUACGAACUUUUCUUAAACAAACGCGAGAUUCUCUCGAGCACUUGGUGAAAUGUUUUCGUCGCCGGCGUCAGCGGUGGGCGAGUCGUCGGGUUACGACUUUCAGAAAGAAGAAAAUGCUGCCAAGUGGAAGGGAGUGUUUGUCAACUCCCUGCGCAAGGUACUAGAACAAGUACAUCCUAGUCUCGAAGCUCGGCAAGAUGCCUUAGACUAUGUGGAGAGUUUAAUUUUAAGAAUGCUAGGCAUGCUUUGUGGACAUCCUCCACCUCAGACUCCUCAAGAUGUCGAGGAAAGGGUAAGACGGACGUUUCCCACACCUAUUGACAGAUGGGCUCUUCGUGAUGCGCGAGACGCAUUAGAAAAAGGAAAAACAUGA